AUGCCCGCCGAUAAGCUACGCUUGGGCCUGGGGGAUGCGAAGUGGGCAGGCCACUUGAGCAGACCUGCAUUAGAUAACUCGAUCAAUGAAUGUUCAUGGAUUAGCCUGAGGAUUUUCUUCCACUCCGCUGUGAAUGCUGGAAGAGUGCAAAAUUCACCAUUUCAAAAUACAAGCAAUUUGGCAGAAUAUACUUUGGCUCGUUUGGAUGAUGUGCUAAAUUGGGCAAGGAAGUCUUCGAUGUGGCCCCUGACAUUUGGAUUAGCGUGUUGUGCUGUAGAAAUGAUGCAAACUAUUGGCCCUAGAUAUGACAUGGACAGGUUUGGUGUACUGAUGCCAGAGCCACGCUGGGUAAUUUCCAUGGGCAGCUGUGCCAAUGGUGGAGGCUACUACCACUAUUCUUAUUCUGUAGUAAGAGGCUGCGACAGAAUCAUCCCCGUGGAUAUUUAUGUGCCAGGUUGCCCACCUACCGCAGAAGCACUUAUAUAUGGAAUUCUUCAAUUGCAAAAGAAAGUGAAACGUAUGCGGACACUGCAGAUGUGGUUCAGAAAGUAAGAAGUUGAAUUUAAUUAUCAGAUAAUUCCAUGAAACACAUUGGAUUUUUGUAAAUAUUAUAUUGCUAUAUAAAUUUGAUAUUACUGAUGAAGUGUGGAGGGAUUUAGGGGAGGUGAUUUCACUUUCCACAAUUCACAUCAUCUUUUCACAUAUUUCCACAUUUGCAAAAUACCCUGUCCAAAUUGUGCCAAUUUUGGAAAUGAAGAUGACAUACAAGGCAAAACCAUAUUUGUGAGCUUCUUGUUAAAAUAUUCCGUACGUUAAUGCUAUUAUUGUUAUUAUUGCCUUUAUUGUUAUUAUAUUACUAUUAUAAUUACUAUUAUUGUCUUAAAAUAAUUUAAAAUAAGAUUAUAUUAAUAUUCCUAAUUGUAUGAUGUAAAUUGUAGUGUCCUGCCUCCAGGUUGUAUAAACCUACCUGCAGAAAAAAUAAAUAUCUAUCUAUCUGAGAUGUGAGUAUUCAACUUUUGGUUUUCAUGGAUUGUAGGCUCAGGAAGGUAGUUCGGGACAAAUUUAACAUAAAAACACUGCAAAAAACUUAAUCAUUUUUGCACUCCAUAGUAUUAUAAAACAUUUUAUGAAAUAAUUUGAAUUGCCCAGAAUGAGUUGAUUCCAUGAAUUUUGCCAUUCUAAAUGUAACAAGAUAAUCCAAAUUAUUUGUUGUGCGUUAUUCUCACACCAAUUUAUUUUACAAGGUGACUUCUUAAUGGAUUAUCAAGCUGGGGUUAAAUCAUAUGACAUAGUUAAUGACACUAUAAACAUUUUUCACAACAAAAUUACAGAUCAAUUAACACGAGGUUAUUAAAUCAUUCCUUCAAAUAAUAUGUUGUUAUAAUUUAAUUUUAUAUUGUACAUUAAUAUAAUAUUAAUUUAUGUAAUAUUAAAAUACUUUUAUCCUGUCAAUAACAUUAAUAGUUGAUUGAUCAUGAAGGCAUAAAUUGUGUCAUAUGCCAUCUUUCUUACUUGUGUGUGUACAUGUCUUGUAAUCGUUUUUAGUAGUGAAAUAAAACAGAUAUUUAUUUUAACAAA